AUGUCCUCGACGCCGAGCAUUCGCGUAUAUGAUUCCCACCGCUAUCCGCUACCACACCAUACCCGAGCCUCGAUAGGAAGCCCGGCUGUAGCAAUGGCUAUACCGAGAGCUCGCGAUCAAGUCCCGCCACCCUUGCCUCCACCACGUCACAUCGAAGACCUUAGGACUGGCCAAGACCCUGGUUGGCAAUGGGGUAACACAAAUAGUCCAAGGGACACAGGUUUUGGCGGAAAUCGGCUCGCGACAGUUAAAGCUGGCUCGAGCUUAUACGGUGGAGCCCCAAGCAACUACCCACGGGAGCCCGCGGGCAACUACAUUCUUUCUCGCAACCGAGAACCUUCCAUCUCCAGGUCACUCGAAGACAUGAGCUCCGAACACAGCGGUCACAGCGAUGAAGAACGCAACGCCAACUCUCGCCCAUCGCUUGCAAGCCACCGCUUCACAAGUGAAAGACAGUUGGGGCAAAAGGCCCUACAAAACUCAUCGCAGGCCUAUGAUAAGCAAUUGCUCUCCAAGAUUGGUGGCCCAAGUACACCCACAAGAACCACUGCACCUCCACUAUCCUCUGGUAACACCCAAGAUGCCGUCAAUGACCCGCACACUUCGAUACACAAACCCAAUGGUCAAUUGAAGCCGUUGACUGUACCUGCCCUCUCGCCAGGCUACACGGGCUUUCGUAGCCCCAUAUUCGACCCAACAGAGCCGUCCAGGGCACGCUACGGCAGCAUCUCGACUCCAGGACCAUUGGACGACACCUCUUCCACACACCGUGGUAGCUAUGAUCACAGCAUGUUUUCAGAUCCCGAGUUCAGCAUGGAGGAAAACGGCAUGCGCGACUUGAACAUCAAUGAGCGCAGCCCUGCCGAGUCAGAAGAGUACCAACUGGGCCCAAAGGGCGGCCUGAAACGGCGCGCCUCGUCGCCUCCCUCUGAAGCUGCGCGCGACGAUCGUCCGACAACAAGCGGCCACAACGAUCUAUAUCACCGUCGUUCAGCGCAAAUGCUCGUCAACCGGAACUGCAAUGCAUCGCGGUUCCAUUCAAACCCAAGUUCCUUGUCUUCAACCGGAUCUGCAAGUCAACGUAGCGGCUCGAUUGCGUCUUCGUUUGGCUUCUCCACAGCCCCAAGUAGUAUAACAAGCUACGGCGGAGAUCAGCGCUUGUCACCCAAUGCGUUGUCACCGUUAGGGGAGACGGAACUGGGCCCCGUGUCGCCUUAUGCAGCUAACAGGUCGUUGGAUCCCAGCCCCCGCGGGUCCCUGUCACGACCUCCGCAUCAGCGAGGCUUUUCGGAGACCGAGCAUCCACAAAUCCGAAAAAUGUCAACAGAAAGCAUGCUACAAUCGCGACAGAAUUCAAUCGCAAACCGCCUGCCAGGUGCUUACAUUUGCGAGUGUUGCCCCAAGAAACCUAAAAAAUUCGACAGUGAAGAGGAGCUCCGAUUGCACGAGCUGGAGAAGCAGUAUAUCUGCCAGUAUUGUCCUAAUCGUUUCAAGAACAAGAACGAAGCUGAGCGCCACCAAAACUCUCUCCACCUACGGCGACACUCGUGGUCAUGCGCAACACUUGCCGGCGUUCAUGCAGCUUUCCACCCCUCGGCUACUCGCCCGGCUGCCGCAGACGUCUGUGGGUAUUGCGGUGAAGAAUUCCCUAACCCUGCGGAUUGGGAGGCUCGAGCAGAGCACUUGAACCACGUGCACAAGUUCGGCGAAUGCAAUCAAGCCAAGAAGUUCUUCCGUGCAGACCAUUUCCGACAGCACCUGAAGCACAGCCAUGCAGGGACCAGUGGAAAGUGGACUAACAUGUUGGAAAACGCCUGCAUGAGAGACGAGCCGCCGCCUCAAGAGCGCGUCGGCUCGAUUGCCUCGAUAUCCGGCCCUUCGAGCCUUACAACCAAGCCCGGCGUCAUCAGCGAAGCACAUGACGAAUCUUGA